AUGCUCUCCCGCGCGCUCCGCGCCCGCCCUCAAGCAGCACGCCCGCGACUCGCGCAAAUGGCGAACCACCUAAGCAGCGCCGCCAACGGCGCAUCGAGCAACUCGCAAACCUUCAAAAGCCUCCGCGACCUUCCCAAGUCGAAUGUCUUCACCUCCAAUCUCCCCUCCGACCCGGCCUUCGAGACGCCCAAAGACUCGCACAAUGCGCCGCGCGAGACCCUCGGGCCGCGCAUGGUGAAAGGCGCGCUAUACACAUACGUACGGCCGGAGCCGGCGCUGGCGCCAGAGCUGCUCGCCGUCAGCGACGCGGCGAUGCGGGACCUAGCGCUCGCGGCAGAGGCGGAGAAGGAGCAAGAGUUCGUGCACGCACUCGCAGGCAACGAGAUCAUAUCGUGGGACGAGAACACAUUCGAAGGCAUCUACCCGUGGGCGCAGUGCUAUGGCGGUUUCCAGUUCGGGCAGUGGGCCGGCCAACUCGGCGACGGACGCGCCAUCUCGCUGUUCGAGACGACGAAUCCUAGCACCGGCGUGCGGUACGAGCUGCAGCUCAAGGGCGCCGGCAAGACGCCCUACUCGCGCUUCGCCGAUGGCAAGGCGGUGCUCCGAUCAAGCAUUCGCGAGUUCGUCGUCUCCGAGUACCUCAACGCCCUGAAGAUCCCGACCACCCGCGCCCUGUCUCUCGUCCUGUGCCCUCGCGCCAAGGUUCUGCGCGAACGCAUGGAGCCCGGCGCCAUCGUCGCCCGAUUCGCCCAGAGCUGGAUCCGGCUGGGUACAUUCGACCUACUCCGUGCGCGUAACGACCGGAAGCUUUUGCGUCAGCUCGCCGAGUACACCGCCGAGCACGUAUAUGGCGGUUGGGAGAAGCUCCCUGCAAAGCUGCAGAAGCCCGAAGAAGACCGGACCACCGUAACUCGCGGCGUAGCCAAAGACGUCAUCGAGGGCGAAGGCAAGGACGCCGAGAACCGUUUCGUGCGCCUGUACCGCGAGAUAGCGCGGCGCAACGCGACGACGGUGGCAGCAUGGCAGGCGUACGGCUUCAUGAACGGCGUGCUGAACACGGACAACACAUCCAUCCUCGGGCUGAGCAUGGACUACGGGCCCUUUGCCUUCAUGGACAACUUUGACCCGAGCUACACGCCCAACCACGACGACCACAUGCUGCGCUACAGCUACCGCAACCAGCCCACCAUUGUCUGGUGGAACCUCGUGCGGCUGGGCGAGGCGCUGGGCGAGCUCCUCGGCGCCGGCGCCCGCUGCGACGAGGAAGAAUUCGUCACCCAGGGCGUGCGCGAGAACUGGGCCCAGGAGCUGAUCGAGCGCGCCGAGCACGUCAUCGACCAGACCGGCGAGGAGUACAAGGCCGUCUUCAUCCAAGAGUACAAGCGCCUGAUGACGGCGCGCCUUGGCCUGCGCACCCAAAAGCCGAGCGACUUUGACGACCUCUUCUCCGAGUGGCUCGACCUCAUGGAAGCCCACGAGCUUGACUUCAACCAGUCUUUCCGCCGCCUCAGCGACGUAAGGACUGCGGAUCUAGACACGGGCGAGCAGCGCGAGCAGCUCGCCGCCCGCUUCUUCCACGACGACGGCGUCGCCGGGGGCGAGGAUGCCGCCCGCCAGCGCAUCGCCAAGUGGCUGGAGAGCUGGCAGCAGCGCGUCCUCGAAGACUGGGGCGAGGGCAAGGAUGAGGAGCGCAGCACCUCCAUGAAGAGCGUGAACCCGAAGUUCGUUCCCAAGGGCUGGGUCCUUGACGAGCUCAUCGAUCGUGUCGAGCACAAAAAGGAGCGCGACAUCUUGAAGACUGUCAUGAAUAUGUCUCUGAACCCGUUCGAGGAGAAGUGGGGACUGGACGAAAAGGACGAGGAGCGGUUCUGCGCGGAUCCGCCCAAGUACAACAGGGCGAUGCAGUGUAGCUGCAGCUCAUAG